CACAACAACAACAAUAAUACUAAAAUAUGUAGUCACAAUUUUUCAAACAUUAUCAUUCUUAUCAGUCGUUUGUAACCGUUAAAAAUUGUAAAUUGGAAUAUUACCAAAUAGGAUGUCUAUUCACUAUUGAUAUUAUAGCGAUAGCCCGGAUAGCCGGUUGUCCGAUAGUACUUACCUUACCACUAACUAUAUAGUUGCUACUUAGUAUUCGUAGAUCGUACGGAUGUUUGAAUCUCGUGUUUUUUCAUACUCGAUAGUGUCCUCGUCUUCCUCGACGUUGUAAAUUAUUGUAUUACCCACCCGUAGAUGUCGAACUUACCGGACGUGGUCGAAUCGAAUAAAAGAUACUUCCGACCGAACUUUGAUUAGGUACAGAAUAAUAUAUUGAUCCAGUCAACUGCUUCGAAUCGGUAUACUUACAUGAUGACUAAAAUGUUAACGACUGCCUCAGACAUGUAUGAUCGCAUGUCGGAGUCUUUGAAUGGCCACAACAAUAUCAAGUACAUGCCAUAUCGUAUAGCCUUGAAAUUGACCGUUUUGCAAAAAUACACUUGCUUGGAUAAAGUGUCAUUGUACAUAAUAAAUGGUGUUUAUGAACAACAUAAAGGAAAAAACCUGAAUCUCAUUGAUAAGAUUGUGUUAGAUGAUAUUGUAUCUGAUAUCUAUUUUGCAGUCCAAAAAGAGUACUCAGAUUUAACCUUUGAUGGAGAAAUAGUAUCUAACGUUUUAGUUCAGUUAUUGUAUCAAAUAUUUUCAAAGUAUACAAACAAACAAAUAAAUUUAAGAUCUGCACUAACUGUCAUCGCUUGUUUAUCAUGUGAUAGACUUCGUGUACGAUUGGGAUAUAUGUUCCAGUUAAAUUGUCUUAACAAUGAACUUGGAUUAACAAAAGAAUGUUUUAGAAAUUUUUUAAGAGAUCUCAGUUUAUUACUGAACUUUUUAUCAGAAAAAAGUGUAUUUGAGUCCUCUUCAAUUAACAAUAUAAUUGAUAAUUGCUUCCGAAAUUUAAAAAAUCCAAAUUAUAUGACUGAAGCUGAAUUCAUGCAAUGGUUUAUGACUGAGCCACCAGUAUUAGAAUGGUUACAAAUAUUAUAUAGAAUAAAAAUGGCAGAAAAUGUCAACCACGAAGUGAACUGUAAAGUUUGCAAAUUACCUGUGAUAGGAUUACGCUAUUUUUGUCUAAAAUGUGUAAAUUAUAAUCAGUGCCAAAAGUGUUUUUUGAUUGGUGCCAUUAACAAAAAACACAAAUUAAAACAUGCUAUGCAAGAAUAUUGUUGGCUGGAAACACCUCAACAGUUAUACACACAAUACUUAAAAUCCUAUUUAGGAAGAAUUUUUGGUUUAACAUCAAAAAUUCGAUAUCUUCCUGUUGAAAUGCCUAUUGAUGUUAUCGAAACAAAACAAAAUGCUAUUUGGGCUAAAGAAACCAGUAGUAUCUCAAUUGAUUCCAUCGCAGUCAAAUCACCACGUCAAGAAUUGCAGAGUGUUAUAUCACAAAUAGAACGAGAAAAUAGACUAUUGGAGAUUGAAGUCAAUACGUUGAAACGAGGUGACUCUCAGUUCGAAGCAUUUUUAGACCAACACCGAAGCAAAAUCGAAAGACAGUUGAUGCGUCUAAAACAUUUGAAGAAUCAUUUGAGUGGUACGUUCGGACGCGGAAAGAUGAAGCGUAUGCAGAGCACACCUCUCAUCGUGUCAAGACCGGAUAGUAAAGGUAAUGGAAUCGCCGCCGUCAACCUUAGUCCGAUAUUUUCUGCCGAAGCGUCUUCGCGCACCGUUCACAGCUGCUCUGGUCUGGGUGCUCUUAGCACGUUGUACGGGGAGAAGACGGCCGGAGAAGGCUUGGCCUCUGAACCGAACGAAUUUUCUUACUGGUUGGGCCCGAAAAUUGCAGCCGCCAAGAACCGAGAAUUGGAUGGAACUUAUAUCGAAAAACCAGACCACACCGACAAAGAAAACGAUUCUGCAGUGACUGUUGCUGCGUCAGUCAGAUCCGAGUCCGAACCGCCAUCGUCAAUUUUAUCCGAUAUUCUAAACAGGCCGUCAAAUGGUGCUGGUGGUGGCUCUAAGUCUCCCGACAAAAUUUCCAUUACGGUUAACAAACAGUCUUCAGUUUGGCUCAACGCCAGUAGAGACUACGCAAAAGAGCCAGUUGACGACAAGGACAUGGACGAAUUGCACACCGAACUAGAUAAGAUUUUGGACCAGUUACAAAAACUCGUAACUUAGAUUAAUAAAAAAACUAACAUUUAUAUUUUCCUAUUAAAUUUAAUUUUGCACUGAAUAAUAUUGUAUAAUAUAUAUACAUGUAUUAUACUUAGCAUAAUAACGUAUUACUAUAUUUAAAAUAAUUUUAUUUAUUUAUAUAUUAUUGAGAGAACACAUAUUUUAAGAGUGAAUUGCAAUACUUUCAAAAUACAUAUUUUACAAUUACAUUUUUAUAAAAUUCUAAAAAUUAUAUUUUUUCUAAUACAAUAAUAUUGUACUUAGAUAUUCCUAUAUUUCUUUAAAUUCUUUCCCAUUAUAAUAUUUCACAACUAUGUAUACAUUAGACGUCUUUAGAAAAUAUUUUUAGAUAAAUUAGAUAAAUUAGAUAAAAUCGCAAAAAUGUAAUUUGUGAUGGUCACGUCAUGUUGCAAUGGUUUGACGAACAAUUAAUUUUUGUUUCAACAGUAUGUUCUGUUGAUGCUAUUGGUGGCGGUAAUUGUUUGGUAAACUUAAUCAAAAAUGAUCAGUCGAUGUGUCAUCGAGUGAUUUUAUAAACUUCCAUACUAGUGUAUGAAUCUGUGUAAAAUAAACUGCCAAUCUGAACAUUAACUACUGCAUUUACAACAUGUUCUAUAAAACGAUAGAUUGAAUAUGACGUUAAAAACCUGCAGCAAGUGAUUUAAAUUUUACGUGGAUAAAUACUGAUCGAAAACUGGUAAAAUGUAUGUUUCUCGACUUUCAAUUUGUCUUAAGAACGAUGAAAUUCAAUAAAUUACACCUAUGUCAGUAUUAUAAUAUCUAUGAAAAAAGUAUAAAUUGUUUUAUUAUACAAUAAUAAUUAUCGGUUGACUGUUGAAUGUUGAGUAUCGAAGAAAUCUCCAAUGACCCAUUACUACGUAUUUUUAUUUCGAAUUUUUCGAUUUUUUGAUAAUAAAGGAAGUUGUAUUUACAUUAAAUACAAAUCAUUUUUAUUUUAUUUUCAGAAAAAACGAGUGGUAAAAUUGAUUGACCUUGGGUGUAUAAUCAGCCUAGUACCGGUUGACUUCAAACCUAUGUUUUAUUCAUGGCCGCAUGAACUUCAUACGAAUAAUUACAAUGCACCAAAUAUGCCAGUUAGUUUUCGCUCUCCGACGUGAUAAAAAGUACAUAAUAUUUAUAUUUUUAUUUUACAGUCGUUGCUGAUAUUUGCAUAGAUUUAUGGAAUUUAUUUUUAAGUUGGAUGAAACUCAUGGACAUUAAAAAUAAAAUAUAAUAAGUAAGACAGGUAUUUGGUUUUGCACUGUUCUACAGUCUCAGGUAAAAAUAACACAAGUUUUUUCUUUUUUUUCUGUAGAUAAGUACAUAAACACAAUAACUGUAAUAAUCAUUGUAAGAAUCUAUA